AUGCUUACACUCAUUAUUGUUGCCGUUUGUAUUAUCAGCGCUUCAAUUUUGAUUGUGUUAAUUUGUACAAGACAGCGUUUACGAAAAGCAGCAAAUGCUCAAUUAAGAGCUAGAGGUCCAGCGGCUAAAGGGGCUAUGAAGAGGAUUACAUUGAAUGGAGCUGCUAUUGAAAGAAUCAACGGAAAAAAACAAAAUGGUUACAAUACCAGCUCAUCUUCAAAGAACACACCAGUAAAUGGAUCCCAAUCAGAUAGUGGUGUAUUUACUUUGGGUGGGAAUAAUAAUUCCUCUUCGGCUAUAGCAUCUGCUGUUAUUGCAUUAAAUGGGGGGAUUAAUAGUAAAUCUUGUGAACGUGAUGUGGUUGAUUCCAACGACCCCACUGAAUGGAAGGAACAACAACAAGGGGAACAUCAACAACAACACCAAUCCUUUGAUGACCCUUCAGCUUCCCAACACCAAUUAUCCCCUAACCAAAUAGAGCCUUCUUUUGACGAAUAUUCCAAUGAUCCUUUCCUUCUUCAAGAAUUUACUAAUGCAAAUUCUUUGGGAGGAAUAGUUUGUGUAGAAAAUAGUUUACAUCAAAACAGUUCUGCUGAGAGUACCCCUGGGGGUAUUAGACAGUUUGGACAACAGAGACCUUUAAAUCCUUACUCGAAAUUUUUUAAUGAAUUUUCUUCUGCAUUUUUGGGAGGGAAUGGUGAGAAUUUUGAUUUUUUUAAAGUUAAAACUGAGUGGAAUGGUCAUUAA